AUGGCUUCUUCUCAUAUGGAAGAAAAGCAUAAUCUUUACAGAGACGUGUUGGGACGAAAUUGGGAUGAAGUGGUGGAGAUAAUGAGGCAGCAUCCAGAUGUUCAUGCCGCUAAGAUCACCAAAUCAGAAGACAAUGUACUGCACUUGGCUAUCACUCUUGAGGCACCAGAGGCCAUUGUUAUGGAGCUCAUUGAUGAUAUUCGGAAGAACAACCCAGAAGUUGCCAUGGAGAUUAUCACAGCUCAGAAUAAGCAACAGGAUACUCCUUUGCACUGUGCUGCCGCCCGAGGCUCAACCUCUAUAUGUGAACGAAUACUACUCUUUGAUGAAAGGCUUGCUCUUAAAAGUAACAAACAGGGAGAGACGCCUCUCUUCCUAGCUGCUCUUAACGGUCACAGAGAUACUUUCCAGUAUCUUCAUUCUGUUUGUAGUAAGAUCCCCACAACCAAGUUUUCAGAACUCUGGAGAAGGGACAAUGGGGACACUAUUCUUCAUUGUACCAUUCAAAGAGAAUACUUUGGACUGGCAUAUCAUAUAAUUUGCCUCUAUGGUGAUGAUGAUGAAAAGAUCAUCGUUAGCUAUGAGAACAAAGAAGGAGUUACGCCUCUUCAAGUCCUUGCUUCUGUUCCAUCAGCUUUCAGUGGUGCACACCUAACAUGGUUCCAAGGACUCUUGUACAGGCUAUAUUGUUUGUCAACUGAAGACUUAGAUGUAGAGCAGCUGAAAACUGAUAAUCAAACUCAGAAUAAAGAUUUGGAGGUAGGAAAAUCUGACUCUUUGAGGAAGAUCCAUGAUGCCGCACCAGAACUGUGCCUGAAGAUGACGAAGCUAGGGUCAAUAAAGAAGAUAAAAGAGAAACAUCUAUGGGGUAGGCUAAUCAUGGACAAACUUUUAGAGCUAAAUUCUGAGUAUAAGUACAACGAAAAUCAGAUUGCAUUCGGCCCAAGCAAUGUUACGGAUCUUACUAAUGGGCAAGGAAAGUCGUCGUCAUCCUCGAAAAAAGACAAUAAAUCGACAGCAUUGUUGGUGGCAACAAAGUACGGUCUGCUGGAGCUGGUGAAAAAAAUCCUUGACAGACUUCCGGUGGCAAUACAUGACAAAACAGAACCAAAGAGGAGAAACGUUCCUCAUAGAAGAUGUGGAUGCCGAUGGAAAUAA